AUGGCAGAGAGUGCCAUAUCUUAUUUGGUACAUCGGCUUUCAGCUUGGCUCCACGGUAGACAAAAAUGUUAUGAAGGAAUUGAACAAGAAAUUGUUCAUAUCAGGGAUGCAUUUGAACAUAUGAGGACUUUCUCAAGAGUAGCUGAUGCAAAAGAAGAAGAAGAUGUUGAUUUACAAGUAUGGAUCAAGCAAGUACAAUAUCUUGCACAUGAUAUCCAAGACAUUCUUGAAAAACAUCAUGUUAUGUGCAACAAUUUUCAAGAAAAGGCAUCAUGGCCAUGGAAAAAACCCCAUCAUUCAUUAAUGUCUAAGAAGUUAUUUGAAGCUCAGAAUGAUAAUCUUCAAGUUAUGUUGGAAGGUGUUAGGGCCCGAAUCAUCGUCAUUUCUGAAGGACAUAAAACAUUUCUUCAGAAAUAUGGUGUUACAAUAAGUCCUGAAAGUAGCAACAUCUCAUGGCGUAAUAACCAUGAAGAAGUAAUUCUUGAUGAUGAUGCAGAUCUUGUAGGUGUUGAAAAUCAUGAAUCAAUGCUUCUUGAUUGGUUACUUUCUGAUGAUCAAGAAUGGAAAUUGCUUUCUAUAGUUGGAACUAGAGGUAUAGGGAAAACUGCCCUAGUCAAGAAAAUCUUUGAUGAUGCAGCAGUGAGUAAGAAUUUUAAUCGAACUAUAUGGAUUGAGAUUCCAAGGUUUUCUGAUGUUACGGACAUGUUGUUGAGCAUGGUUAAUCUAAACGAUGACAGUACCCGUCGAGCACUUGAAACCAUGAAUGGUAACAUGUUGGCACAGUCCCUUCAACAAACCUUUGAGACAUUGAGGUACUUUGUUGUCCUUGAUGAUGUCCCUGAUAUUGACACAUGGAGGACUCUCAAAUAUUUAUUUCCUAGCAAAAGCCGUGGCAGCAGGGGUAUCAUCAUAUCGCGUUUUGCUGAAAUAUGCCAUACCAUUUGUGCUGAAACUGGUGGUGAUAGUCAUGUUUAUAGUUGGAAGCCUUUGUCUGAAGAAGAAUCUUGGAUUCUUUUCUGCAGAAAGGUAUUCUCAGGUAGCCUGUUAUGUCCUCCAUCUUUGAUGCAAAUCUCCAAAGACAUCGUAGAAAAAUGUAAUGGUUUGCCUCUGGCAAUUUUGUUGAUUGCUGGUGCACUGGCUACUAAAGGGAACAAAACAGAGGCGUGGGAGUUGUUUCAUGGCAACCUUGUUGACAAGUUACAAGGUAGUUAUAGUGAAGUCGAGCACAUGAAAAGGAUACUCAAUCUAUGUUAUCAAGACUUGCCUUUCUAUCUCAAGUCUUGUUUCACAUAUCUGAGCAUAAUUCCAAAAGAUCAUGUCAUUAAUAAGAAGAGACUGAUUCGACUAUGGGCAGCAGAAGGACUUGUCCUUGAAAGAGAAGGAAAGGGAAUUGCACAAGUUGCUGAAAGCUAUCUCAAUGAACUUGCAAACAGAAGCUUGAUCCAAGUUACCAAAAAGUACCCUGAUAAAUGGUUACAAUCAUUCAGCAUCCAUAGCAUGUGGUAUGAAACCAUCCUUUCUAAGUCCGGGGAAAGGGCCGUUACAACUAUAGCUAAUGGGGAAGGAACAAAAAGACCUCACAAAGUCAGACAUCUAGUAAUCGCUGAUGAAUUGGCUAAUGAUAUACAAGAUGUUGAUCGGUUUAAGCAUCUUCACUCUCUGAUAACAUUCAGGUCAUCAGAUUCUGUCACUAAUUCAUUCUUGUUGAAGCUGUUAUGUGGCAGUUUCAAGCUGCUCAAGGUCUUAGACUUAACAGGAGCCCCGUUGGUGAACGUACCAGAAGAAGUCUUUGAAUUAGUACAUCUCAAGUUUUUGAACUUGAGGAACACUAAGAUAAAACAUCUGCCAGGAUCAAUAUGGAAGCUUGAGUACCUCGAGUUCUUGGACCUAAGGGACACAUUGGUAAACAAAUUGCCUGAUGAGAUUCUAAGGCUUCAACAUCUUCGCCAUGUCUUCAUUUAUCGCUGGGGUGCUGAUUUUUUGCAUGGUUUCAAAGCUCCUAAGAACAUAGGGACCCUUGUGUCCUUAGAAGUGGUGAAUCUUAUAAAUGCCACUGCAAGCACAGUGAUUGAACUGGGAAAGUUAACAAGACUACAAAUAUUGGAAAUCGCGAAACUGAGAAGAAAACAUGGAAGGGAUCUUUGUUCUUCCCUUGACAAGUUGAUAAAUCUUCAACAACUAUCAAUCUCAUCUUAUGGGGUAAGUGACAUUAUUGAUUUGCACUAUCCCCUUUCUUCUACACACACAUCCCUCCGAAUAUUACUCUUCGAAGGGCGUCUAGAGAGGUUUCCACAAUGGAUAACAUCUCUUCAAGCCUUAGCCACAAUUCAUCUAAAAUGGAGCAAGUUAGUGGACAAUGCACUAGAGAGUCUUCAAGAUUUGCCCAACCUUGUAAAACUAGUGCUAGACCAGGCCUAUGAAGGCAAAGAAUUGAGGUUCAGGGAAGGUGGAUUCAAGAAACUGAAAGACUUACGUAUUCUGCACUCUACAGAAUUGAGACAGAUUAAAGUGGAAGAGGGGGCAAUGACUUCUCUUUAUGAGCUUCAAUUGCGCAACUGUGGAUUAAUGGAGGAGUUGCCCUUUGGGAUUGAACAUUUGAGCACGCUUCAGUAUCUUUCGCUGGAACAAAUGUCUGAGAAGUUGUUAAUGACUGUGCAGCCUAAGGACAGUCAAAGUGGGGAUUACUGGAAAAUUGCUCAUAUUCACGGACUUCAUAUAGAAUAG